UGUAUUAAUUUUUAAUUGCGACAUAAACUUUGAGGUUCACAAAUCGACUAUGCUCUAUUUAGUGUCUACCAUUCAACACUUCUGUUGUUUAGCAUUCACUUAUUCUUCUGUUCAUUUGUUUAUGCCCUUGAACUCACACGUGCGCCUAUAGAGAAAUGAGUACGCUGCUUCCAACCUCAACAAGAGUACAUGAUACAGAGAACCAAAAUGCUUCUCAACAACACCGAAGAGAUGCAGGCAGUCUCUUUGUCCUCAAAUCUAAAGGUUCAUGGAUUCACUGUGGUUACCACUUGACAACUUCAAUUGUGUCUCCAUCACUGCUAAGUCUUCCUUAUGCUUUAACCUUUCUCGGAUGGAAAGCUGGAAUAUUUUGCUUGGUCAUUGGAGCUUUCGUAAGCUUCUAUUCAUUCAACUUGAUGUCCCUGGUUCUUGAGCACCAUGCUUAUUUGGGUAAUCGCCACCUGCUGUAUAGAGACAUGGCUCGUGACAUUUUAGGUCCACGUUGGGGUCGCUAUUUUGUGGGGCCAAUUCAAUUUGCAGUUUGCUAUAAUAAUGAAGUUCUUUGUGCUCUUCUGGGGGGACAAUGCAUGAAGGCAAUUUACCUGUUAUCAAAUCCAAAUGGAAAUAUGAAGCUUUAUGAGUUUGUAGUGAUAUUUGGGUGCUUCAUGCUGAUGUUGGCUCAAAUGCCAUCUUUCCACUCAUUGAGACAUAUUAAUCUGGUGUCUUCGGUCAUGUGCUUAUCUUAUAGUGCCUGUGCUACUGCAGCUUCCAUAUAUAUUGGAAACUCAUCAAAUGCGCCAGAAAAGGAUUAUUCUCUGAAAGGCGAUACGACAAAUCGCUUAUUUGGAAUCUUUAAUGCCAUUCCCAUCAUUGCCACAACUUAUGGUAGCGGAAUAAUUCCAGAAAUUCAGGCAACAUUAGCACCCCCAGUAAAAGGGAAGAUGCUCAAAAGUCUCUGUGUUUGUUUUGUUGUAGUUCUCUUCAGUUUUUUUACUGUGGCCAUUUCUGGCUAUUGGGCAUUUGGAAAUCAAGCUGAAGGCCUCAUUUUUAGCAGCUUUGUAGAUAAUAACAAGCCUUUGGCUCCUAAGUGGCUUAUUUAUAUGCCCAACAUUUGCACAAUAGCCCAACUAACAGCUAAUGGUGUGGAGUACUUGCAGCCUACAAAUGUAAUACUAGAGCAAAUAUUUGGAGACCCAGAAAUCCCUGAGUUUUCUCCUCGCAAUGUAAUUCCAAGAUUGAUUUCUCGGUCAUUAGCUGUUAUUACAGCAACUACUAUAGCAGCAAUGCUUCCUUUUUUUGGGGACAUGAACUCGCUUAUAGGAGCAUUUGGUUAUAUGCCACUUGACUUCAUUUUUCCAAUGAUUUUCUUCAAUAUGACAUUUAAGCCAUCCAAGCGAAGCUCCAUUUUCUGGUUGAAUGUUAUUAUUGUCAUUGCUUUCUCCGCACUGGCAGCUAUGGCAACAAUUUCAACAGUUAGGCAAAUAGUUCUUGAUGCCAAAACUUAUCAAUUAUUCGCAGAUUUAUAAUGUCCUUAAUUAGGGUAAUGUUCGUACACUUGGGGAUCUCCUUAUUCUCUCAUGUUUGUAACUUGUUCAAUCAGUACUUUUGCAGUGAAUUGAGUCUAAUAAUUAUUAUGAAAUGGAUGCUGUUUGGAGGUUUGAAGCUAA